CGCGGGCCGGCGGGCGCGAUGGGCUGGGAGGAGAAGCAGGUUCGCGGCUACGGCGAGUUCGCGGACACGGCGCAGCGCUGCCACGGCCGGCCCAUCUUCGCGCUCUUCUGCGGCGACAAGGACGCCACGGGCCGCAGCUGGUGCCCGGACUGCGUGACGGCUGAACCCAUUGUGAGGAAAGAACUUCAUAACAUGCCUGAUGGGUCUGUAUUCAUCUACUGCCUAGUAGGAGACAGAGCCUACUGGAAAGAUCCCAACAAUGAAUUCAGAAAGAAUCUGAAACUAACAGGAGUGCCUACAUUACUUAAAUAUGGAACACCUCAGAAGCUGGUUGAAGAAGAAUGUUUUAAGGCAGAGCUUGUGAGGAUGUUGUUUACUGAAGAUUAAAUCUUCUAAUAGUCAAUCAUUAAGCUCAUCUCACUUAUUUGUUCUAUUCUUUCAAGGGAACUUUGUGUUUUCCAGACUAUCAUUGUUAAUUACAAUGUCUGACCAGUCAAAAUAAAUGUAAUUAAGUUUAGGUCCAAACCUUCCACUGAAUUCUCAAAAUGCAAAAUGGCAUCAUUCCU